ACACAUAACAAUACUUCCUCUUGCACUAUCUCCUCUAGCUAGUACAUUCUUUCCUUUCCCAUUCUCUCAAACCCCUAUUCUCCCUUAUAAGUACUCCAUCACAACACAUAACAAUACUUUUGCACUAUCUCCUCUAGCUAGUUCAUUUUUUCCUUUCCCAUUCUCUCAAACCAAGCAUACAUAGAAUGGCAUCUCAAACCCUCGAGAGCUAUCGCGAGGGUGCUGAGAUUGUCCGUGGCGACGCUAUUUGCAAGAAGAAGUCUAUUGAAUUGCUCGAAGAGCUCGACCUUCCGAAGGGACUCUUCCCUUUGGAAGACAUUCAGGAGUUCGGCUACAAUCGUGCGGUGGGGUUUGUAUGGUUAGUUCAAAAGAAGAAGAGGGAGCACACAUUCAAGAAGAUAAAGCAGGUGGUGUCGUAUGCCACCGAGGUGACGGCCUUAGUCGAGAAGGGCAAGCUGAAGAAGGUAACGGGGGUGAAGGUGAGGGAGCUUCUGCUAUGGCUCACAGUGGUGGAAGUGUUCAUCGAAGACCCUACGAUUGGAAAAAUCACUUUUAAGACCAGCACGGGGCUAGCCGAUAGCUUCCAUGUUUCUGCGUUCGAGCUCGGAGAGUAGAGAGAGAGAGAGGGACACUCAGUGAGUUUAAACUUUUGGGUUAGUGCUAUGCACCGUUAUAUGAAGAAUUUAAUAAUUUAUAGUUUGUAAUUUUACACAGGUGUUGUUUACACGUUAAUUGGUUUAGGUGUGUUGUGUCAUCAUGUUCUACUAUAUCUCCA